GUUUCUGCCUAUCCACCACCAAAUCAACCUUCCAACAACAUUCCUUGAGAUUCACUCAUUACUCUUUUAGCCCUUCAAUAUCUUCCAUCUUCUUCUCCUUCUUCUUCUUCAUCAACUUCUGCAGCAAAUCUGAGUAUAGCAAUGGCGAAUUCACGCAUUGCCAGGUUCAUCAUGGAGGUGGCUCCACCACAGUAUGUGACUGUGAUGAGGCAUAGAACUUCCAAGAUGUCGUUGGAUACGAUUACUGAAGAGGACCAGAGGGAAAUCGGAAGUCCCAACAACGAUCAUCGUUCUCAUGAUUCAUCAUCAUCCACUUCUUCAUCCUUAUUCCCUAAAGCUUCAUCAUCCGCUUCAGCAUCUUCAUCAUCAGUUUCAAUUCCAAGUGCUGAUAGCAAGUACUUCCUCAAGGAGGUUCAUAGAUCCCUCUCCAAUUUGAACCACUGAGAUGAUAAAAUCCAGUGAGAAACUUCUGGAAGAAGAUGAUCCGGCAGAGAGAUUCAUAUCGCAAUCCAAAUCCUCGCAAAGGAGAGUUUCUGAACUUUUUCUUUAAUGAAAAGAAAGAGCUAGUACUUUAUGUUCAGCCUUCUUUGUAUAUAUAAGACAAAAAUUUUCUCUCCGACAUAAAGUAUGAAUUCUCCAGUACUUGCCUUUUUAUUUCAGAAAACUUAUCAGGAACUCUUUACUUCAGUGGAUCUCCCAAAUAAUAAUAAUGUACUUGGUGGCCUUUUUUUUUUUU